UUCCACUAAACAAAUAAACAAACAUUACCCACCCACUAAAUUGGUUUCAUUUCACAACAGUAAAGUCAAAAAGAAAAUCCUCGAUCUGCCUCAUUAUACAAAUCUAACUCACCAAAUAAAGCCAAACCACAAGGAAUUCCAAAAACAUUCUUUCACAGCUAUAUACCUUCAUUUGUUUUCUCUUCCUAGCUAGCUUGUCUCUAUUUUAUAAGAUUCGAUCGAGAACACCAUUCAAACUUUCUCUUUUGGAAUUAACCCAUGGAUGCUGCUCAAUGGCCAAAGGAUGGUACAAGUAAUGGAAGUUAUAAUAAUAAUAAUAAUCAAGUGGAAGAUAAGAAGGUAAAGCCACAACAUGAACAAGCUCUCAACUGUCCAAGAUGCAAUUCCACCAACACCAAGUUCUGUUACUAUAACAAUUAUAGCUUAACACAACCACGAUACUUCUGCAAGUCUUGUAAAAGGUACUGGACUAAAGGUGGGUCCCUCAGAAGCGUUCCUGUUGGUGGUGGCUCAAGAAAAAACAAGAGAUCCAUGCCUCAACCAAUCGACCUCUCACACUUUUCUUCUCAAAAUUUCACCACCCAUGAACCUACACAACAACAACAACAACAGUAUCAUCUUGGCUUCUCUCAGUUCCUAAAGCUACCUAAGAUUGAAAAUGGAAAUGCCAACUUUUUAUCUUCUUCUGAUGCUGAUGGGUUAAAUUCUUUUAGUACAAGAGGUACAACAAGCUGGGAUUUAAUGUUGAAUGGAACAAGAUUCGGUCUCCAAGACGCGAAGCCAACGCUGGGUUUUCCUUUUCAAGGGGAUGGAAGCUUUCAAGUGGAAGGUACUGAAAGUGAAAGAAUCAUGUUACCCUUUGGAGUCUUGAACCAACACCAUUCAUCAAGGGAGAGUGGACAAAGUAUGGGACAAGGAAAUUCAAGUGGAUAUUGGAAUGGGAGUUUUGGUGGUGGGGAUUCGUCAACAUUGUAUAACUGAAGAGGCUUAAUUAAGUCAAGUAGCCAUAUUACUAGCCAGCUUAGAUGAUGAUUAAACAAGUGGCAUGCAUUAAUUAGUACUAGCUAGUAUGUCUAUCCUUGGAAUCCAGACCGAGUUUUAGGGUAUAAUCAAUCUUGUUCAAACAAUAUUAGAACUUUCUUUCUACAUUAAUUACUAUUUAGGUGAAAUUAAUGUUCUUUUUCUCAUUUCGGCAGGUUUCCCAUAUUUAAACAUAUAUUGCAUAUUCA